CAGAACUCCAUUUGUACUCUCUCUAUAUAUACAUAAGUAGUUGCUUUCUGAGUGUAGAAGAGUAAAAGAGGGUGGAGCAUAGAAUUGAAGAUGGGUUUGCUGUUUGUGGUUGUUGCCUUGAGUGUGCUCGUAAAACCCAUGGCUUCGGCAGAAGUAGCGUUCAGUUAUUCGGGCUCAACCGGGCCAGACCAAUGGGCAAGUUUAAGUCCGGAUUAUGCUCUAUGCUCUACCGGUAAAUCACAGUCUCCAGUCAAUCUUUUUGGCAGACUCACACCGGUUAGCCCAAACCUGAAGGCAUUGGAUAUCCAAUUCAACGAUUCAGUGAAUGCCACUUUAGUUAACAAGGGCUACCAUGUUGAGCUAAGUUACAAUGGAGGAGGAGGUGGAGUUUUGGUGCUUAAUGGUACAAAUUACACCUUGAAUGAAAUGCAUUGGCAUGUCCCUUCUGAACACCAAUUCUUCAGAAUUCCGUUUGCUGGUGAGGUUCACCUAGGUUACUCUUCUCCCAAUAAUACCGCUGCUCUGGUGGCAAUUAUGUUGCGGUUAGGCCGAAGUGAUCCCAUUCUUGACAAGCUUGAACAUGAAUUGAGUGGGCUGCCCAUGAGAUCCGCUGGUGAAAGUCCACCUGAAGUUGCUGUGGGAAAUACUACCGAUAUUCAAAUUUUAUUAAGAGAGUUUACCAACACAGAUAGGUAUUACACUUACCAAGGUUCUUCGACCACGCCCCCGUGCUCAGAAGGUGUUACAGACAUAGUCAUAGGAGAGUUUCGCACAAUUUCAAUCGAUCAAGUUGAAGCUCUAAAACGUCCCUUGGACAAUGGAAGCAAGAAUAAUGCACGGCCAGUGCAACCCCUGAAUGGACGAAAAGUAGAGGCUUACCAAGCUCAAUGAAUUGGAGCUAGUGGAUGGUUCCUUUUUUAAACUUUGAAGUUUGAUUAAUUAUAUAAAUUAUUAUGAAAGUUUGCUUCAAAAUAGCUUGGGAAACCUUCCGAUGAUCCGAUCCAAAGAAAAAUAUAUUUCAAUCUAACUAUUGUUAUUGAAUUGUUGUUGUUGUUGUUGUUAUUAUUAGUAGCUCACCCGUGCGAUGCACGGACAUACAAAUUCCUUACAAACUAUUCAAUGAAAUGACAAUAUGCAACAAAAAGUUUUUUAUUUAUUUCAUUUCAAGGAUAACAACUAAAUAGUACUACUUAGAAAC